GGGUGAUUUUUCAGUUUGACUGCAACACAAGAGCUGUGAAGUUCGAAUUUCUCUCCACUCAGCUUUUACUCCGCCAUCCACUGAACUAUAUACUUAUAAAAUAAUUUUCCAGCUUCCCAUACCUUUCUAGCUUUUUUUUCCCCCUAAUAAUAGUUAUUUAGUUGGUGUUACGAGGAGAAAGAAAAAAAAGAAUCAAAGAGACUUUUAUAAAUGUGAAAUUUUCCCUCCUAGAGAUGUACAAGGGCAAAGUAAGUUCUCAAAAGUGAAGACGAAUAGCAUGAGAAAUGUUCAGUGAUGCAAAAGCUGUGAUAUGUUUGUGUUGAGGAAAACUCCUUGAAAAUUGACCCCAUGAGUGUAUUUUCAAAUAAUUGUGUUAAGGCUGGAAAAAGAGGGUAGAUUUAUGGCAACUGACACACUCUCUGAAAAACCACAUUAGGAAAAAUAUAGGUGCUCUAGUAAAUCGAUAUUAAAUAGUCUCUUUGGUUUCACGUGAGUUGUAGUAAAUUGAGGAAGUCUAAUUGAAUUUCGUGUGAAAAUAGUGAAACCCAUUUUCAAUCACUUGACACUGUCUAACCGCUAAAAGAGCUAGGGGGAAAAUGGUUGAUUGUCCAUCAACAUCACAGAAAACGAGUGGUGAUGUGUUGAAAAUGAAGCAACUUAUGGGUCGAACACCUGGAAUAAUUAAAUCGAAAUUUUUAUCAGUAAUCGGCAGUAGCAAUGAAAUUUUAAAUGGCAUUUCAAGUAAGCUCGAAGCAUUGAGUUUGAGUUCGUCCACAGAGACAUCCAGAGAGACAGAAGACGAAUACGAUAUUUUUAAGCCACAGCCCAUCCCCAAGAAAACCCAACCAAGUCCGCCAGAUUCAACUAAAACCAAGGAAGAGGAUGAGGAUGACUUUGAGGACUACAUGAUUGACUUUGAAGCUAGAAGAGUAAAGGAGAGGCGAGCUCACGAAGAAAUACUGUCUGGACGCUAUCGACAUCCUAAUAUUGUUCCAAGAAUGGCGCCGGAAAACUACGAUAUGUUAGAUUUAAAUCAUCACGCGAUUUCCUCAUCAAUUUCCACGGAUAUCAGCAACUGUUCCAUUGACUCAAAAUCCCUUCAUAUUGAAGAUGAUGAGACCGUGGAUGGGAAUAACUGUGAGAAAGUGACCCCAAAAUCCACAAAACUUCAACUUCCACAUCCUGCCAUUGACAUUCAGGCCCCAAGUGGACGAGCAACGCCCAUUGAGGACAAGUUGAAGCCGGAAGUGAGUAGUGUCUCAACCAGUGAGUACGAUCUCUGUCUCCCAAGUGCUGGAAGUUAUGAGUCAUCGGACUUAAGGGUCUGGAUCCGAUCGGAAUCUGUGAAUUCUGUUCCGUCCUGGGCAUCCUCGAUUAGCCUGGACAGUCAAUCGGAGGAGAUGGUGCUGGAAUUCAUGAGGCGCUUCCUAACCACACUCUUUGACAAUUCUGGUGCCAUCAGUUUAGAACUGAAAUCAGAAUUUGGUCAGAUGUCCAGAACUGAAGCUGGACGGUUGUGGUUCUCUCGGUUGGUUAAUGCCCAGCGUGCAAAAUCAAAGAGAGUUGAUGAGACGACAUUCUACUCUCUGGUUCAGUACUUUGCCAUCGUUUUAUUUGAGUGCCACGAAAGUGAAGAUUUCUCCCCUGCAAAGAGUCUCAUGAACAUGUGCUUUACCUUCUACCACGAGAUCACUGUGCCUGGGAUUGAGCCUUACCGCGAGUAUUUGUACAUCUACCUUAGAGAUCAGCCAAUUUGGCAUUCCUUGCGAUUCUGGAAUGCAGCAUUUUUCGACGCUCUGCAAUGCGAGAGGGCUCAUCGUCCAGUACCGCAAACCAAGCUAAAAUCCUCCACAAAAGCCUGCAAUGGUCGUCGAAAUAGUUUACCCCGUAGUGACAACGAUAGAUCCCUAUCAAUUUCAUCCAAAGACGAUGAUGAAAUAGACGAAGAAGGUGAUUUGAAUGUGGCAGAGGAUGCCAUUGAAGAGAAAAAUCACCUCUUUGAACUAACUGAAGAUGUUAAAUUUCAACAAAAUAUCACAUUUGGACAAUUGGGAACAUUCACGUGCAAUAUGCACGCUUUCGGUCUAAGCAAACAUCUGUGCCUUGAAUUUCUCCGAAAGCAAUGCACAAUAGCAAAUUUGAGCAAGGAGCACGAAAAACUCCUGCGAGACAAUAUUAAUCGCAUGUAUCGAGAAACAGAACGUUGGAGCGAACAGUAGAAAAAAUACUUUGAACACUGACACAUUAUUACAGAGUACAUUGUAAAUGCAAUAACAUAUUUUUGUGACUUUCAACAAACUUCCUGCACAGUUUUCAACUUAAGGGACAAGAAAAAAUAUGUCUCUUUUUUCUAAACUCCUAAAAAAGCAUUUUUGGAGACAAAUAAAAUUCCAAAAAAAAAGAUAUUUUAAUAACACAUUUAAUACACAGUUCUUCUCGAAAUAUAUUGAUAAGAAACUAUCUUUAAUCUCAAUUUAAAUUCAAAUGUUUCAAAUGUCUCUUAUUUUUAUUCGCUAUUACUAAGAACUAAGAGUGUUUUAAGAGAUAUUUUAAGAGUUGGACAUGCAUCACAGUCAUGUGGUGGAUGUCUUGGAUGAUAAAUCUUCUUCCUCGUCUUAUGGAGUUGAUUGUGAGUGUGAAAGAAUUUCAAAUAAAUUAAUUUUUUAUACCUACAUACAUUAUGUGGAAUAAACUAUUGAAAUUUACACUUGAAU